ACCCUAAUAUGGUGGCGAAUGCUUUCCUGUGCCUAAUCAGUAUUGUGAUACAACAAACACAAGCAUCUAUUAAAACAAUCUACUGUCCACCAAAAUAUAACAAAUGUCUAAGUGAGAGAAGUAGCAAUGCCAGACCAAAAGACGUACCAGGAGAAGAAAUUGUCAGUUAUUGCAUCAAUCAGUUUUUAUGGGAAGAUCCUCCAUUUGACUAUAAGAAAGAUUCUAAAGUCCUGGAUUUCGUAAAACAAAUGUUUGAACAAGCCAACAUGAAAAAAAAGAAGAGACCACGGUUAGUUCGGAAAGAGUAUAGAAUGCUGACAAAGAAGGAAAGAGAAGAUUACCAUGCAGCUGUAAAUAGACUAAAGAAUGAUAAGAAAAGUAUAUCGUUUAUUACAACCACGUUUAAAUUCCCAAUAUUAAGAUUAUAUGAAACUGCUUUGGGAAUGGCGUGUCCGUACUGGGAUCCAACUCUUGACAAUGAAUUAAACAAUCCAUCAGAUUCAUGUUUAUUUACGAAAAAGUUUGCAGGAAAUCCGAAUGGAAAAAUUGGGCUUCCAUAUGACAACUGGAAGCAUGAGGGAGGAGGAUAUGUAACACGCAAUGUCGGGGGUCUGGGAGGUGAAUUACUAACGAAGAAAAAUGUAUAUGAUGUUUUAUCUAGAAAACGUCACGCUCAGAUAACGAACAGUAAAAGUAGGCGCUAUUUCCUAGAGGAACUUCAUGGUAAAUGUCAUUCUUUUGUCGGCGGUAAUAUGGCAAAACUCACAACUGCACCACAGGAUCCUCUGUUCUGGAACUUGCAUGCAUUCGUUGAUUGCUGGUGGGAAAAAUUUAGACAAAAACAAAAUGCAAAUAGAAUCAAUCCAGAGAAAGAUUAUCCUUAUACCAAAAAGAAAGGACACCGACGUUACGAUUUGAUGGAUGGUUUUGGAAAAAUAACAAAUCAAGGGUUCGGCAUAUCAGACAAAUUCACCAUAUCCGAUAAAGCGAAUGAUUUUAAGAAAUUUCGAAAUAUAGAUGGGUUUUCUAACCAUUUCACUAAAGAAAUUUACCAGUGUCAAUCCUUCCCGUCUUGCAGUCGAAGUAAGCCAAGCUGUGGGUCUCCCUGGCUUGAUUGUAACAAAUCAAAAUGGGUUUGUGUUCCAAAAACAAAUAAAGCCAAUCUCAAUAGAUUGGAUUCAACUCCAAGUUUUCUAAACACGGUGCAAAAUCGAUUCGAAGUCAAUGGAAAUGCAGAUUCCAAACAAUGGGUUUAUAUAAACUGCUUGAUAGUGUUCCAACGUCCACGAAAUGUCAAGUUUAAAUCGUUUCCAAUUCACAAGGGUGUACCAUCAAACAAAAAUGAUAUAUAUUUUGAAGGGAGCAAGAACAUAACAAAAUCUAAUCCGAAGGCAUACGACAAACAUAUUACCCUUGAUUCGGGAUUCGAAAGGGUGAAUGUUCAUAUUGAAGGCACAAAUUACGACGGAAGGGCAAUCGAAUAUGCAAUUGUAGACGCUAGGUUUGGGAUAAGUGAAGCAAUGACUUAUUUACCUGUUCGGAAACCAAUGAAUCACAAAGCGACACACGUAUUGUUAACAGCAUUUGAUUCAGGUGGCAGGCUAUGCCGACCCUAUUGCAGACACAGAAGAUAUCGGAAAAAAUUUGUACCGUGUACAGGCUGCUUAAAGAUAGAUACCAGAAAACCUCGAAUGUAUAGUUAUUCUUAUGUAGAAAGUGUAUCGAAAAGAUGGAAUUUGCAUAAUACCAACGAUAAAAACUGUCCUCGUUCUAACGAUGACGGAGUGUAUAUCAAAUUCUUCUGUAAUUUUCUAGACUUGUGGCCAUGGGAAAAAGCAUGAUGCAACGAUUAUUUAUUGGAUAUUUAUCAAACAUUAGAAACAAAAAUUCAAUUUAAACUGAUAAAAAUUAUGUACUU